UAUCCACCAAUUAACUGUGUCAAUCCUUUGUAUAGCAGUCCUUAACUACUGAAUAUAUGGAACACGUUAGUGCAAGUUAAAAAGAAUGCUUUGAGGAUAUUGAAAAACCCUUAAUUUUUCUAAGUGCUAACACUGCAUUGAAAUUGCACAUAUCUUCGUUUAAAACAUAAGAUGCAUCAAAUUGCGUGUUUCAACUUGAAUGUUUAAACUACGAUUUAAAUAAAACGCACACAAAUAGUUCAAAAGAUAUGGGUUUUUUGAACAAAAUAAUCAAAACAAAGUGCUCAUUAAAAAGGCAUUGUCUAAAAUGCGUUAAGCUUUUGCUUUAACAUUUCAGUCUUUCAAAUUGCGUAUUGAAAAUAAAUAAAUUUGAAAUGCAUUCUGUAUGAGGAUUGAUUAUUUCACUCAAAAAAGAGUUUAAUGAAUGAAUAUUUUGUCUUUUAUAGACAUUAAAGACAGUUUUGUAAAAAUAAUGAAAGAGAAGCUCCUUACAUUUGUAAUACGUUCAAAAUAUAAAUGUUCAAAAAGUUGCUGUUUCAAAGUCUUAAAUACAUGUUCAACAGGAUUAUUUUAAGUUUAAAAAUAUAAAAUCGAUUAUAAAACGCAUUUUCCGUCCAAAUCAACUUAUAUUGAGUUAUUUUAUCAUGUAUUUCUUUAUUGAGGGACCUUUUAUUUAGCUUUUAUAAAUACUUUUAGACAAUUAUUGCUCAAAUUUAGCAAAAUUUGAAACUUCAAUGUAUUUUGAAGAAGCAUAUUUGUUUCAGUUUGUUUAUUUGGAAUUGAAUUUGGGUAUACUAUAAAAUACAUGUAUAUGUAUACAUAUAGAAAUUGCUCAAACAGUGUUAGCUAAGAGUUUCAUAAUAUGACUGUACAAAAUUGUUACGUAUUUAAAGCUGAAAUAUGUAUAUUGAAAACGGCAGAUAUGAGUAAUUACAUAAAAACUGCUUAAAUGAGUCAUUCUUUUAUACUCUGAAAUAAAAGGAAAUGUAUUAUGAAGUAGAAUUUGACUUGAUUUUAUAAAAAUUUGUAAGCAUUUUAUCAAAAUUAACGUGAUAUUGUACCUCUAUAUUCAAAGUGGAAAUACUUAGAAAGAGAAAAUUCUUUCGGAGCAAAUAUUUAUGCAUUCUCACCCUAUGACAACAUGACUUGUAUCUAUAUUAUUGCUUAAAGCUACAGUUGAGAACCCAUUUCGUUGAACAUAUGUAUGUGCUUAUGUUGUGAAGGUGAAACAAGUUUUCAUUUUUAUUGAUUAGAUUCGUUGAGUUUAUUUUCUAGAAAAUUAUGUUGGUGCAAUGAAUUUUAUAGGAGACAUUCAAAGUUAAUUAUAUAUCACGACAAAGUUAAUUAUUAUUUUAAAUUUAUUUCAAGAAUAAAAGUCUGCCAUAACUUGAUUUAUUUUUGGAAAAUAUUUGAAUCUAAUGUUUACAAAAGAUGCAUGAUCAGCAACGUGGCUAAAUAAUACCACGUGACACAAUACCUAGACAAGCAUCCUCGUGUUAUAUAUUUUAACAGAAUACAGCAAUAUAUGUUGAAUGUGAUCUACUAAAGUCUAAACUGGGAUAUACGUAGAACAUGAGUGUGAUUCCGGUAGUAUUCUUAAUUAAAUUAAACAAAUAAUGUGUCAGAUCGUUGCCGACAUCAUCAAUAUAAGGAUGGCAAAACAAUUGAUUUACUUUCAGCAAUGCAAAACUUCUUUACCAGAAGUUUCUAAAACUUUUGCCAUUAAAAUGAUGUGUCUAUCAUUGUUCAGGUAGUCAACAAACUUAUGACUUCACAUUUUAUAUGUGACCUUGCAAUGAUAUAGGCAAGCAGUGAGCAGAUAGGUGGACGUUAAAAUUACUAAUUGGUGCCGCAUGAGUUGCGGUGCCGAAAUUUCCAAGAGGCGUGGCGAGCAGGCCAGCUUCAGCGGAGGCAUAAGAGCUGCAAUCAACCGCCGUCUCUCCCGUCCUGCAGUGUACGACAGCCCUGAAACAAGUAAAAGCAGUGAACUUCAACUUGCUGACUGCCAAAGGAUUAUAGAAGAACUAAACACAUCCGUGGCUAGCUUCCGUGAUCUUUUGAUUCAUGUGGGAAAGGGACACGAUAGUCCUGAAGUUAGAGAUAAAAUGAAGAAUGUUCGAAAAAGGUGUGUAGAACGUUGCUCUGCGGCUAACAGAGUACUCAUGCCACAAAUAAAGAGUGACGUCGCUGAAGGCAUACCAGUGGACAGUCAGCAUCUGGUGAAUUUAGUCUGCUGCACUCAACUUCUUCUACGAGAAAUUCACAAAUGCAGAUUGCUUGUGGUUGCUCAUCCAAUGGACAUGACAAAUUUUUAUGAAAGAAGGCCACGCUCUUCUGGGGUAGCAGUGUUGGACAAACUGAUUUUAUGGAGAGCCCCCUUACAUGAUUAUCAUCAGGAAGAACUUGUAUGUAUACAAAGGGACAUGGAAACAAUAAAUACAAUGCUAAAUGAAAUGUUAGAUUUUAUGCCACAAGAAGCAGGAGGUAAAUCACUUGAAGACUUCCAUAAGUGGCGUAGACGUCGUAAACGAGCUCUUUAUCGUAAAUGUGGUUAUUGGAACUGUUUUUGCAGAUCAUCCACUUCAUGUUGAAAGAUGCAAUAUAACAUGCAGUGUAUUUCAGCUUUGUGCAAACAUUUGGAAACUUUCCUUGUAGGAAUAUGCUUGCAACAAAGUCUCGACAUGUUUAUGAAACACCUGUCAGGGUUUUUUAAUUUCUUUGGAAAAAUUUAGAAGAAAAGAAAUAAUAAUGCUGUAGAUCAGAAGCGUAAAAUUAAAAAAAAAUGUUUAAAAAAAUAUAUACUGCCAAAGAAAAAAUGCAAUAUUUAACAUAAAUAUUUUAUAGUUAUGGAAAUUAUUGUUCUCAUUUGUGCAAUAAAAACAAGAGUGAGUAACUUACUGACAUUUCUGAUGAAAAUUUUAAGAAUUUCUUUUACAGGAAUUUAGUAAGCUUUCUGGUACAUUUAGCAAGAAAGAGAAAUAAAAUGUGAAUGAAAACAAAAUGCUACAAUCUAUAAAUAUUAUAUACUAUCAAUAUAAAUAUUUUUACAAAAUGUUUCCUCUUGAAGUCUAAUGGGAAACUACUGCUUCAUGUGGCUUUAUAUUAAAAAAACGUUGUUUAUGUUUUACAAAAAAAUGAACAGAAAAAUUGAAUCAAAAAUUAUCUUCUGAAGGAGAUGUUCCUAUUGAAAAGUUUACAUCGUAUUGUGAUGAUGAUAAUAUUGUGACAAACUUAGCAAAAUGAAAUUCAAUUCUUUGUAUGCCAAAUAUUAACAAAAAAACAUUACUGUAUUUUAAUUAGAUAAUUUAUUUACAUUCCAUUUGCUAUUUUUGUAUUAGGCAAAUAUUAGAAGAUUAAGUAUGAAUAUUUAUUUGUAAUGUUUUUAUGCCGUAUACUCCAACAAUUACUUCUAGAAAGCUCAAAUAGUGAAAGAAUCAAAUUACUCAUUAUCUCAAAUAAUGUUUUUCUCAGUGUCUUGAAUGGUUUAUAUGAAUGUUUCUGCAUCAUGAGAAAAAAAUUGAUUAACAUAAAUAAUUCUGUUUAGUUUUUAUUGGACGCUGGACGCUCAAAAAGAGAAAAACCCUUUAAAAACACUUAUUUGUACUAAUACUUAUUAUAAUUAACGUAUUAAUACUUAUUAAAACUUCAAAAACCCUUUAUGUUGUUUUUUAGAUAUUAAAAAAAAUUCACUUUACUUAGUAGUAAGCAAAAACCCGUGUUUAAAUCUGAGUUUUUCUUUAUGAGUUAUAAGUUUAUGAAUUUGUAAAGGUCCUUACAUCAAUAUGCAGUUCUCGAUGACGUAGUUGCUUUUUCUCGUAAUGGAGUUUUAAAAUAUUUGCACAACUUCAGAAAGUUCCUUGCUCACCAGUUUUUGUUUUAUUGUUAUUAAUUUUUUUAAUUCUCUUCGACGUGUCUUCUUUAAUUCUAAAUACAUUUUACAUUUGAUUGA